GAGGGCUUGGCAUUCUGUCCAUGCUAGGACAAGUGUCACCUCUUGGCCCCCACGCCUAUUGCCUGCCCCCAGCCCCCUAAACUGAGGGCUGCACCUCCGUAGCCCCUUGGCGCAGCCGGAGCACCGGUAGCAGGACCCGGCGCUGAGCCCUGCAGGUGCGGGGGGUGGUGGGCGGGGCGGGAGGCGGCUGGCCGUCACGCGUGGACCCUGUGGGGGCGCUGGCUCGGCCCCGCCCCGCGCGCCCCCGCCGCAGCCGGCGCGCGCUCCCGGGAGGCGGCGGCGGCGGCAGCAAGGGCAGCAGCAGCACCGGCAGCCCCCGGCGGCCUCGGGCGGGGCCGGCCGGCAGGACACACGGACAGAGGGUGCCCGGGGCGCGCGGCCCGCCGGGGCCGGCCAUGGAGGGCGCCUCGUUCGGCGCGGGUCGCGCGGGGGCUGCGCUGGACCCCGUGAGCUUCGCGCGGAGGCCCCAGACCUUGCUGCGGGUCGCGUCCUGGGUGUUCUCCAUCGCAGUCUUCGGGCCCAUCAUCAACGAGGGCUACGUGAAUGCCGACAGCGGCCCCGAGCUGCGCUGCGUCUUCAACGGCAACGCGGGCGCCUGCCGCUUCGGGGUGGUGCUCGGCCUCGGAGCCUUCCUCGCCUGCGCCGCCUUCCUGCUGCUCGACGCGCGCUUCCAGCAGAUCAGCAGCGUCCGGGACCGCCGCCGCGCCGUGCUGCUGGACCUGGGCUUCUCCGGCCUCUGGUCCUUCCUGUGGUUCGUGGGCUUCUGCUUCCUCACCAACCAGUGGCAGCGCACGGCGCCCGGGCCCGGCACGGCUCAGGCGGGGGACGCGGCGCGGGCCGCCAUCGCCUUCAGCUUCUUCUCCGUCCUCAGCUGGGUGGCGCUCACCGUGAAGGCCCUGCAGCGGUUCCGCCUGGGCACCGACAUGUCGCUCUUCGCCAGCGAGCAGCUGGGCGCCGGGCCGGGCCAGGCCUACCCCGGCUACCCGGUGGGCAGCGGCGUGGAGGGCACCGAGACCUACCAGAGUCCGCCCUUCACCGAGACCCUGGACACCAGCCCAAAAGGCUACCAGUGUCCAGUGUUCUGACUGCAACCUCUUUACAAUAAAGACUGUAAAUGGCCU